CGGCGGGGACACGGGCUCCGCGGGCGGCUCGGCGCUCCGGGGGUGGCAGCGCCAGCGGUGCCCGGCGCGGAGGCGGUGGGGUGGAUCGGUAGCGCCGGUGCGCGCUGCGCAGGGUACAGCACAGCGAUGUAGGGGACAUGCCCUGACGGGACGGCGAACGGACGGGUGCCGCCUACGAGGGGGAGCAGCGCCAGCGGAGCCUCCCGCGGGAGAUUUCGGCAGCAGCCGGCGAGGCCCCCGGGCUCCGCCGCGAUGGCUGGGCCCGGGCUCUGGAGGAGCAUCAAGUCCCUGCUGCGGAGGAGCGAGGACCCCUUGUUCCUGAACGACUCCAGUGCCUUUGACUUCUCGGACGAGGCGGGGGACGAGGACUUCCCUCGGUUUAACAAGCUGCGGGUGGUGGUGUCGGACGAUGCCUCUGAGGCGGCACCGGAGACGCCGGUGGCCGGGGCGCCCCUGGGCCUGCCCUCCGACGACGAGUCCCUGCUGGAGCGGGCCGGAGCCCGCACCGGCCGGCCAGCCCCCUGCGGCGGCUGCAGCAGCCGGCGAGAGCGCUCCAGGCAGAGGACGGUGAAGAAGCGGUUGACGCUCGCUGCCCUCCUCUACCUCCUCUUUAUGACCGGGGAGCUCGUAGGUGGAUAUGUUGCUAACAGUCUAGCAAUUAUGACAGAUGCACUUCAUAUGUUAACUGAUCUUAGCGGUAUUAUUUUGACCCUGCUUGCUCUCUGGCUGUCUGCAAAAUCUCCCACAAAGAGGUUCACUUUUGGAUUUCAUCGCUUAGAAGUAUUGUCUGCCAUCAUUAGUGUACUGCUGGUCUAUAUCCUUAUGGCAUUCCUCUUGUAUGAAGCUGUUCAAAGAACUAUCCAUAUGGACUAUGAAAUAAAUGGUGAUAUCAUGCUGAUUACAGCAGCCGUCGGUGUUGCAGUUAACUUAAUAAUGGGUUUUUUGCUGAAUCAGUCUGGCCACCUUCACUCCCACUCCCACUCCCAUUCCCACCCUCACUCUCAUGUACCUCAGUCGAACUCUCCUAACACAGCCCAUAGCAGCAGCCACGGGCACAGCAGCCUUGCCGUCAGAGCAGCGUUUGUACAUGCCCUUGGGGACCUGGUACAAAGUAUUGGUGUGCUCGUGGCUGCAUACAUCAUACGCUUUAAGCCAGAAUACAAGAUUGCUGAUCCUAUAUGUACAUAUGUAUUCUCCAUACUGGUGGUUUUGACAACAGUUCGAAUUCUGUGUGACACAGGAGUUAUUAUUCUGGAAGGGGUUCCAAGGCAUUUAAAUGUGGAUCGCAUUAAGGAAGAUUUGAUGAAAAUUGAAGAUGUUUAUUCUAUAGAAGACUUAAAUGUUUGGUCUCUUACUGCAGGAAAAACAACUGCCAUAGUCCACUUGCAACUAGUUCCUGGUAGUUCAUCUAAAUGGGAGGAAGUUCAGUCCAAGGCUCGACAACUGCUGCUGAACACAUUCGGAAUGUACAAGUGCUCUGUGCAGCUUCAGAGUUACAAACAGGAAAUGAGCAAAACCUGCGCAAGUUGUCAGAAUUCCAGUGCCUGAUUUCUAUGUUUUGGGAACUGCUGCCUUAUUCUUUAUCUUGUAGUCAAAGACUGAGAGCAAUAAAUGCAAAAUGAAAAUGAUCAAACAGAAACCAUUAAUAUGUGGAUUUAUACCAUGUAACAUGCAGCAGGGAGAACUGGUGCUGCAAAAAGUGCAGUGGUUGCCCUACAGAACAUGUAUCUCACUCUCUCCCUUGUACUGGUUUAUUCAAGUUAUGAUGAUUUGGAGACAAAGCUGUUUUCAGAUUGUUUACAAACUGCAACAUGGCUCUGCAGAUACCUCACAAAUUACAGUCCCAUAUUGUCCUUGAAUAACUAUGUACCACAAAGUACCUGCACUCCAAAUGGAGCAUCAACUAUUCAGUGUUUCAGUUCAAGUCUCUAAUGCUGAUCAUGCCAGAAUGUCAUAAUAUGUCAUGAUCCCUGAAAUCAUUAUACAGUAUUUUUGCAAUAGUAAUUUUCAUAAAGUAUCUUAAGACUAUAAUGCAUACAGUGCUAGUUGAAUUGUUUUGGAAACUCUCUCUCUGGAGACACUGAAAAAUACAGCAUUUACUGUACCCAGACCAGAAAGUUAGCUUUAAUCUGGGCAUUCAGAGAUCCAGACAGAAAGAUCCUUGCCCAGACUUCUGGUAUUUAACUAGAGACCCAGCACUGGACCCAAAGUGUUUUAAGUGAUCAGUUAUCUUUAAUGUAUUUUAGAAUAGGGUUUAUACAUUAGAAACAGGUUAUUUAUUUAAAAAGUUUUGACUUGUAAGAUGAGUUUGUUGUUAACGAUCUUGAAUGUCUAAACCAACAUUUGAUUGACAUUAAAAGGCCAGUUGAUUAGCAUGCCUUCUAUUAUAAUUAAUAAAUGUCCUGUAAUUGAUUAUUUUUCCAAGAUUCUUUUGAAAGAAAAGUCAAAUGACAGAAACUAUGCUUGACAUGGAGAUACUCUCAAACACAACCAACAGACAUGCAAAACAGGAUCUAACAUCUAAACAGGAAAGCGGGAGAGAAAGUUUUAGGUAUGUACUAUUCCCUCAGUCACAGCUAUCUCUGACCUUUUCAGCUUUGCUUUGAUCACACUAUGGCAGUAUCCUGAUAAGAAUGCCACUGCAAUAACAGUCCCCACUACCUGGCUUUAUUCAUAAAGCAAAAUCCAAGCAAGUUCAGUAAUGUAAUGGUGUUG